CUCGUGUGCUUACCCUGAUAGCUAAUUUUCCGGUGCCCUGCGGAUUACGAAGGUUUCUCCCAAGAGCGAAAGCAGUACCCUGGUCAAAAUGAGAGGUGCAUCUCUCUUUCCCGUCGUGGCGGGUAUUCAUUUAGCCUGCGUCGAUGCCCUCUCUCUCCACAAGCGCGAUGUUCCAGCCGUCGUCAAUAUUCCUAUUCAGCGCCGACAAGCUGCUCGUUCCCUACAGAAGCGAGACUCUACGGUCGGCGUGUCUAUCCAGAAUAUAGAGGACUCGUAUUACUCGCUAAACCUGACGUUGGGGACGCCAGGGCAGCAGGUGAUGUUGACGUUGGAUACUGGCAGCAGUGAUCUCUGGGUGAACCUAGCCAACUCAACCUACUGCUCGGCCGACGAUGAUCCGUGCAGUCCUUAUGGCGUGUUCACUCCCAGCGAUUCAUCCACCCUCAAGAUUGUUGGCACCCAUCUCAACGACACGUAUGCGGACGGUUCGAACCUCUACGGUCCUUAUGUGACUGACAAGGUCACCGUUGGCAAUACGACGAUCGAUGAUAUGCAGUUUGGCCUUGCUGAUUCGACAACUGUAGCACAUGGUAUCGUGGGCGUUGGUUACCAAAUCUCCACCUACCAAGCCGAAUACGACGACAAAGUCUAUGCCAAUCUCCCCCAAGCCCUGGUCGACAGCGGGGCCAUCAAGUCUGCUGCCUACAGUCUCUGGCUGGAUGGACUGGAGUCCACUACCGGCUCAAUUCUUUUUGGAGGUGUGAACACGGCCAAGUACAAAGGCGAGCUCCAGACCUUGCCCAUUGUGCCCGUCGAGGACAAGUAUUACUCCCUUGCGCUUGCCCUCACCGAGGUCGGCGUGGAGACCGACUCCGACUCGACCAGCUACACCGACAGCCUUCCCCUCUCGGUGUCUCUCGACAGCGGCACUACGUUGACCGCGCUGCCGUCCGACCUCGUUGACAAGAUCUACAAAGCACUGAACGCCACCUAUGUUGAGAAAUAUGAUAUGGCCUACAUCGACUGCGAAGCAAACUCGGAAUACAACGUGACAUACAGCUUCUCUGGAGCGAAGAUCACCGUCGGUAUGGAUCAGCUCAUCCUCCCCUACACAGAGGCCGACUUCCCCAAGGGAACCUGCGUUUUCGGCAUCGUGCCUAGCAAGCCGGGGAUCAAUCUGCUAGGUGACACCUUCCUUCGCAGCGCCUACGUUGUGUACGACCUGGCCAACAACGAGAUCUCCGUCGCCAACACCAACUUCAACCCUGGCGACGACCACAUCCUGGAGAUUGGCACGGGGACUUCUGCGGUGCCCGGUGCAACUCUGGUGCCGUCGGCCGUGUCUUCCGCCACGGGCAACGGCGUGGUCGCGACUGGGAAUGCUGAGCCUAGUCUUGCGGGUGCCUCGACUGUCACUCUGACAGCUACCCACUCUACCAGCAGCUCGACCAGCACCGGGACGAGCGGCGAUUCGGCCGAGGCUACAAGCACCUCGUCCAAGGGCUUUGCGGCCCUGCCGACCAGCAACCCGAUCAACCUGCUGUCGGGACUGGCGGGCGCUGGCCUUCUUCUCGCCUUGUAAUAACCAGGCCUCGCCAUGUACAUACCCGUACCAUACCCAUACCCAUACUAAUCUCACGGAGCGAAUACU